AAGAAAUGUUACUGUGAUAUUAGGUGUAGAAGUACAGUGGAGAUGACUUUUCGGUGAUGUAUAUAUACGAGAACAUUGGUGGAGUGUAUUUCGGAUUGCCUUUGGAUAUAUUUAUUCAACAAAUUCAUAUCAUGCGCGCUCCCUUGUUCGUCCUUUGUGCUGCCCUGGUAGUGGCCAUCCGAAGCGAGGACACAUCAGCCGUCAACACCAACUUUUUCAACAGACAACUGGAACCUAUCAACAUGGCCGCCGAUCAGGAAACCAUCAGCUACUUGCUGCCCAAACUUGCAGCCAAGUACCGGCCCAACAGCGACUGGGCUGGAGUGACCGAUCCUCGGUUCUACUUACUGACAGAGAUGGAAUCCAACGACUUUGACAACCAGGUGGCCAAUAACAGAAGAAUAAGAAACAAGAGAUACGAUUUUGACGUGUAUGAACCAAGGCAGGUCAGAUACGAUUUCGGGGAGGAGCCCAGUCUUUCUAUCAACGCAAACAUCCAGAACCUGAGGCAGGCUUAUGCUAAAACGAAACUUCGAGAAAGGCUCGCAGCAAACAGAAAGUUUUUGGAAAACCUUCGCGACUCCCAGUAACUUCCAUACCGUCACUUCUACUACUAGGAAAAUAAAAACGAAGAAGAAUUCCUCGUGCCGAACGGAUUCUUCUUCGUUUUUCUGUACAUCGAUAGAUCUGAUUAGUUCGAAAACUGGGGAGGAAGUGAUUCGAAAUAGAUGAAAUAAAAACACAUUCCAUAAGUCUAGUCAUAUUAUUUAUUUAUUUAUUAAUUUAGUUCGAAGCAGUAAUUAUGCACAAGCAGUAUUACGAAUUUUUACCUUAUUUGGAUGAAUUCGUUCGAUGUAAGAGCCUAGAUUUUUAUUGUUGACAUGUAUAUUUUCCAUUGUAUGUUAAUAUGACUGUUUUAUACGCUGAUUUGUUCAUAUGUAAAUGUUUGUUGCUAAAAUAAAUAUAUU